AUGACAAUUAAUCUUCGACAUUUGCCAUACCUUGAUCUUAUCAGUAGAAAAAAUGAUCAUGAAAAUCUUUUAAAAUUAACACAUUUUAAAAUAAUGACAGAUCAUCAUUAUAAUAAUACAACAACACGUUAUAUAAACGGUAAGCUAUACCUAACUUAUUAUCAUGAUAAUCCUUUACGAAAUUAUUCGUCUUUAUACUUGAUUGUUCCACAAUAUCUUUACCCUUGUAAUGAAAUUCCUGCCGGGAGUGUAUCACUCAUUUGUUGUUCAUCAAUUAUACAUUCGGUUGUCUUUUUCGAGUAUGAUAAUGAUUAUGGCUUAUCAAUACCAUCUAUUGAUGAAGAUUUACUCUUUUCUCAAUUGCCUCAUUUGACCCAUGUGCAAGUAACAUUACGAGCACUUGAUGAUUGUCUUCAUUUGCUCAAACAAUUAGGUUUACAACUAUGUUCAUUCUCUGUGACUGUUAUAUACGGUCGUGUAUAUGAAGAUAAUAUCUUAUCUCAACUAGAAUCAAUAUCCUGUUACAAUUUGAAAUAUUUGACAAUGACAAUCUAUCGUAAUAUUAUUAAUUAUGAACAACAUAUUGUUCCUCUUUUUCAGCACUUAUCAAAUGUUGAACAUUUAAAGUUAUUAUUAGCCAUUGAUGUCAAAGACAUUGGACUAGAUCAUUUUAUUGAUGGACUUGAUUUAGAAAGAGAUAUUAUUUCCUAUAUGCCUCACUUAUGUCAAUUCAAUUUUCAUAUUCGUUCAGUACGUCCACAUGCUCCUUAUUUAGAACUAGAUACGAUUCGUCAAACAGCAACAAUCUGUUGA